CGUUCUACGUGACGAACAGACCUCGUUGAACAGCUUUCGUGGACUUGUGUUCCUACUUUUACCGUUAUAUAUUCAUUUCAUUUUCGGCUCGGUCGUUGCUCGCUCGCCGGUGUUUUUAACGCGCCCUCGGGUCUUACCUUAUCUAAUUAGCAAAUUAUCCAUCGGGUAGCAAGGUUGUAGUAAUUAAGUAGAUCGCGGCGUAGUGUGCUAUAUCAGCGUAUUCGGUGAGGUCGCAACGUAAACAAGUGUUUUUAAGUGCCAGCAAGGCACCAUGCGGUCGCCUGCAUUACCAUAUGCUUGUUGAAAACAUUUCGAUACAUAAUAACGUAACAGGACUGGUUAUAAGUGAUACAAGGAGUGUGUUUGUCAUCACUUUCAUCCCUUUCGCUUAUUUCAUCAUUAACUGUAGUGAAUCAUUUGUGUUGAUGGUUUUGUGUUGAAACAUAAAUGUCAAUAAACAUUCCAAAAUGGAUAAGAAGCUAGACCUAAUGUCUCUACUUGAGGGUGACACUUGGCAAGCUUCGGGUGACUUGUUGGAGAGUUUCUUCUCACUAGAUCAAGGCUCCUUGAACUUCCUAGAAGAGUCACUGCCGGAUUUCAAUUUGGAACCAGACUGGGUGACACCAACGGGAGGACUGAGCAGUUCUGGUUCCGAUAGUGGAUUAUCCAGUGAUCAUGCAGAACUUGAUUUUGAGCAAGAACUAUCACCGUACCUCAUUCAAAACAACGCCGAAGAAAAACCAGCAUUGGAACCCAUGAGCCCUGAGAAUAGUCAAGAUGUGAUCAUACAAGACGGUAACGAUUCUAGCAGCAAUGAAUCCGUAGAAGAUGCGAUAGAUAUGGACCACUUCGAAAACAUUGUCAUGCCCGGAUUCAUUAACAAAAAUACAUUCCAAAGCCCCGGCAAAGGUAAUCGAAAACGUCGUCUAUCGCAUACGCCCCAAGUGCCGAUCAAACCGAAAGUCCAAAAGCCAGCUGUCAGUUUACCCGUGAAUGUACAAAAACCACAAUUAGUUGUAAAGGCGCAACCCCAGAAACCACUCAAGGUUACCAAUAUCCAGGUUAUCAACCAGCAACCGACGAAGGUUUACUCGAAACCGGUAGAAUCGGUUGCUCCCCAAAGGCGGGUUAUCAGGGUUGCCCCUAUGGCGGGUAAUCCCAGAUCGAUCUUACUGCCAGUAACAAUCAAAGAUAUGAAAGAUUUGAAAUCUAUUAAGAUUAUAAAUGCUGCUGAUUUGAAGAACGCGUCUAAUAUAAAGCUCGCUGCAGCUAAUUUGUUGUCUCAAAGGAAGCUGCAGGAGUUGAAAGUGGAAUCUCGCAGGGACUAUGAGUACGAACACGGCGACAAUAAUUGCGACGAUUCAGGUAGUGAUAGGAGCGAUGAUGACGAUGAUCCUAAAGAUAGCAAACUACCCGAUGGUAAGAACGGCUACCCACGUUUAGUACUAACAGCGGAGGAGAGGCGGCUGCUGGCUAAAGAGGGGAUAUCCCUCCCCACCAGCUAUCCUCUCACCAAGCAAGAGGAGAGGGAACUGAAGAGGAUCCGCCGCAAGAUCAGGAAUAAGAUAUCCGCCCAGGACUCCCGUAAGCGCAAGAAGGAAUACGUCGACGGACUUGAAGAUAGAGUGAAGCAAUGCACUGCCGAGAACCAGACGUUGAUGAGGAGGAUCAAGUUGUUGCAGUCGCAGAACCAAACUCUCUCGGCGCAGUUGAAGAGGUUACAGGUAAGGCUUUCAUUAUAAAACUUUUUUUAAACA